AUGUUGUACCGGGAGCAGCAGGCUGCCAAGAAAGCAGAGGCCGACAACAUCAACAAUGCAGGGGAUGAUUCGGUUUCGUCCCCCCCCCGAGGAGGAGGAGGGGGAGGCGGCCGCCGGGGUAAGAAGAAGGACAACCGUCGACGGGACCAAGCCGGCAAGGCAGGGGCGGCGGGGGCGGUGGCGGCGGCGGCGGCGGACGUGGACGUUAGCAUGGAGCGCAAGGUAGAGUCGAUGGUGACCCAGCAGUUCCUGUUCCUCAUGUCCAACGUGGUCUCCAAGCGGUGGAGCAGCCGCACCUCCAGGGACAAGAUACGGGCAAUUCAGGUGUUAGGGCGACUCGUGGGUUUCCUGUCGGCGGACGAAGCCGGAGGACUCUUCCCCAAGGUGAUGGCAACGCUUCAAUCGGCCCUUGCGGACCCUCACGGGACCUCGGCGCAGAGGCGGACCGCCUACCGCGUCAUGAUGGGGUACAUCCUGGGACUCAGCGACGCUUCCCUCGCGGAAAAUCUAAGCACGAUAGUGGUGAACGUGCUUGCCCUGAUCGAGGAGGUAAAGUCGGACGACGGCGACAAAGCCAGCAAGCGCCGGCGCCGCAUUGGUGGUGGUGCCCGGAGUAGCAGCGCUCGCAGGGCCAUCAUCGGCGACAGAACCAACACGACGCCCCCGUCCUCCAAGCUUCUUCUCCCCCGCGGAGGUGGCCGUAGACACGGCAACAGGUCUGCCGCAAAGGCCAGGAAGAACUACGCGAACAGCCGCAGCGACACCGACCUGCUGGAGGAAGCCCUGGCCUACAGCCGAACGGGACCGCCGGUUCCGUCCCCCAGACGGGUUCCCGUUGUCGGCGUGAAGACGGCACGAGGACCUUGGAGGCAGAGGAGGGGCGGUGGGGCGGGGGAGCAGGAAAAAGCGGAGAUCCGAGCGACGGCGGCGGCGCUCCUCCGGCUCCUUAUCGUGGAGAAGCAGGACAAGAUGAGCACUCACUUCCACAAGAUCCCGUUCAUGCCCCAGCUGCCAGACCUGCCGUCGCUGGGGGAGGUAGGGGCGGUACUCUCGAGGGAGUUGGGUUACCAGUCUCUCCGGGAGCAGCUGGGCAGGCUCACGCCUCUGCUCAGGGACGAGAGCACCGAGGUGAGGCGGGCGGCACUGAAGCACCUCGCGCUGGUGGUCAGGAGAGACAAGCAGCACCUCGCCGAGCUGGUGUUGGAAGGGGGUAGCGGCAGCAGUGAGGUGGACCCCGUGGUAUCGAGACUUCUGGCAGGCCUGCUGGAGAUGUCCACAGACAGCGACGCGCGCAUUCGCGACCUGUGCGGGAUCUGCCUGGGGGAAGUGGGAGCCAUCGAUCCUGCCCGCGUCCGGCUGGGGCUUCGCGACGGGGCAGCGGUGGAGGGGGGGGGGGAGGGGUCAAGCAUCAGCGGUCAGGCGUUACUCGAAGGGGCCCCGUGGGAGAUGACGCUGGAGGAGAUGUCCCUGCUGCUCAUUCGAGAUCUCUUGGUGCCAGCUUUCCGAGCGUCAACAACGUCCAUGGAGCAAGACAGGGUGGCGUUUGGAAUCCAGGAACUCCUACGCAUUUUGAGCGGAAACGGGGACGGCACCGAGACUGACACUCUGACGGACGGCGGGCGCAUUGCCCAAAAUCAAGUCGGUGGUGGUAGUGGAGGGGGUCCUGGUCGAAGUGUUGGGAAUGCGGCCGGAGGAAGCGUCUCGGUUGGGGGGGGUGCGAUGCCGGAGCGCCUUGCUCGACGUCUGCGCGAGGCCCAGGUCCUCUCGGUGGUGGAACCGUUCUGGACGAGCACGUACAAGCUGUCCGAUCGGGCCCCGUCGUCGAAGGAGCCUUUCUUUCGCGACCGCGCUAUGACCGUCAGCCUCGAGCGAUGGCUCAGCUCUUGGUGCCGCUACCUCAUCUCGCGUUCGCGGGGCCCCCUCCGACCGGCGUUCGAGGCCUGCCGGGGUGCAGUGAGGGCGCAUGCCCCCAUGGCCCAAUUUUUGCUGACCCACCUCGUUGCUGACGUGUUGGUUUUCGGCGAUAAGGAGGCGGCCAACCAGGUCCUUGAGGAGGUUCUCGCGGUGAUGUGUGGGGCGUCUCCGCCGGCAUCGACAUCGUCUGCCACUCCGACCGCCGCUCGUACCCCUGCUCCUCGCUCGGCCGGCGCGAAAACCACCGCCGCCGCCGCCGGCGGCGCGACAUCAUCGAAACAACAAAUCGGCUCAAGCCGGUCAGCAACAGGACGAAAAGGGACGGGAGGUUCGCGCGGACUCCUGUCAGCAGGCUUCUCGUCUUCGCGCCUGCGGGUAACGGCCGCGCUCCGAAGCGCCCCCAGCGGCGGCGGCGCUCGAAGCGUUGGCAGCACAAGAAGCGUCCGUCGUCGCCGGUUGGCAUCGCCCCUCACGCGCACUCUUGGUCGUGGCCGCGGUGGUGCCGGUCGUAGCGGUUCCGCCGGCGGGGGAAGGAGGAGCGGGGGGAUCGAGCACAUUGCCACCCAGGCCACGUUUCGGCUGCUCGAUCGCCUCGGUCAUUGGUCAGCCGGGAGAAAGCGGCGCAGCGGCGGAGCGGGAGCCGCCGGGAGCGCGGGGUGGCCCGACGUUUCUGUGCGGAGAGCGGCCCUGCUGGAGUUCGUUGGGCGUGUUCCAAGAGGCGUUCUGGUCGGGGCCGCGACUCGGGUCCGAGCGUACACGAGGGCUUUGCGGUACCUCGAGGAACAGAUCCGAACAGAGCACGUGGCCAGACGAACGGCGACGGGGAGACAAUCCGCGGCGAGCCUGGUCGGAGCGUUCCGAAACGACGGCGCUAACGGAACGCUGCCUGUGCUCAAUCCGGCGGAGUUACACCAGCUGCAGGCCAUCUACCGCACCCUGUCGGACGAGCCGGACGGAAUGGUGGGGCUGGACGUGAUGCGUGGCGCCGCGGGAGUCGCGGCGACGCUAAAGCAGCGGGCCUGGCAACACGAGCACGCCGAGGACUGGGCGGGCGCGCUGGAGGUGUACGAGCAGGCACUGCAGGAACGGGAGUUGGUACAAUUCGGUGGGCGUGCUCUAAACCGCAAGGGGAUGGCGCGCAGUCAAACCCCCCGUCGGAGGCGGGCCGACCCGAUGCAGGACAGGUACGAGCAGAUGGCGGCCCAGACCUCCAGAGCCCGGGCCGGCACGAUGCAAACAACCCAGCCAAUCGUCGACCUCGCCAGAGGCAACAACGAUGAAGAGGAGAAAGACAAGGGCAGCGGUGGCGGGAAAGCGGGGGGGGAAGGGAAUGGGAAAGGGAGAGCGAGAGAAGAAGAAGCAGGGACAGAGGGGCGUGAAGGGUUCGAGGGGGAUGGGUGGGAGGAAGGAGAGGUGGAGAGAGGGAUGUUGAACGCCCUCGUGGAGCUUGGGCACCUCGAGAUGCUUCUCCAUCAGGCUUCGGGCAUGCUGAGCGUGCCGAGCAAGCACCACUUGGCGCCGCUGCUCCUUCCCGUAGCUGUGGAAGCCUCGUGGAGACUACAGAGGUGGCCUCUGCUGCAGGAUCUUCUUCACCAGAACAAAGCCGGCGUUGACGCAGUCGGUGGCCGCCUCCGUGGGCUGGGAGCCGGCCGGGCGGCGGCCUCUCCGUCCUUCGUGAUUGACGAGCUCUCAGGCGAGAGCCGCUACCGGCUAGCGCUUGGGAAGGUUAUGCUUCGACUGGAAGAGGCCCGGCCAGCGCCUUUCGCCGCAGCCAUCACCCAGGCCAGGGCGGACGUGAUGGCCGGGCUGGGAGCAGCCAGCAUGGAGUCCUACCGGAGGGCGUACCCUUUCUUGCUCAAGCUGCACAGUCUCAGGGAAGCGGAACAGGCCUUCGAGGCGAUUCACGGGCAGAGAGAGCCGGCAAAGAGGCAAGAGGCACUCCGGAGCCUUGGCUGGGAGCAGCGCCUGUCCGCGAUGGGCGCGUCCUUGCGGAAACUAGCCCCGGUUCUUGCGUUGCGGCGCGCGGCGUUCGAGCUGUGCUCGCUGGAGGGCCCGCAGGCCGACAACUGGCUACAGCUCGCCAAGAGGGCGCGGGCGGCGGGGCAGUUCGCGGUGGCCGGGGCGGCCCUGCGUCGCGCGGGAAGGCUCGGGGUAUGUCAGGACAGGCUGGCGUUCGAGGAGGCGAAGCUCGCGCGCGAGAGAGAAGGGGUCCACCGCGCCUUGGUGAUUCUGGAGCCUGUGGAGACGGACGUGGACAGCCUGAAAGCGCUGCUCACCGUCGACACGGGUACUAUCAGCAAGAGUCGCGGUGGGACGGCGAUCGGUGGUGUUGGCACUUCUUCCUCGUCGUUGCCACGGAGCGGUCUGGAUAUUGACGGGGACGAGAGGUUGCAGCUAGCGCGCAAGCUUCUCCUCACGACGGAGUGGAUCGUCGAGGCUGGACAGAAGCACGGGCAGGCCGUGGUCGCCAGGUACAAGCUUGCUCUGCAGCUCCGGCCGGGCUGGGAGAAGGGCUACUUCUGCCUGGGGCAGUACGUCGACUUCCUCUUCAAGUCCAGGGUCGAAGAGCUGCAGCGGCUGGCGGCGAGGCGUGGGGGGGGCGGGAAUCGCGGCGGCGAUGGGGGAGGCGGGGGGGGCAAGCGCAAGGGUAACGGCAGGCAGCAGAGGACCCCAGGGCCGAGGGGCGGCUGGGCGGGAGACGAGCUGGCACACAAGCUUGCCCUGCAGACAAUGGAAAACUACGCUCGUAGCCUCAGGUUUGGCGCCAAGUACAUCUUCCAGAGCAUGCCGCGCCUGCUCACUCUCUGGUUUCAGGUCGGGUUUUUGCGGGAUCCAUCGACGGAGGAGGACAAGGAGAAAACCCCGCGCCUCAGACGUGCGGGUGGUAAGAGUGCCAACGCCAAGGCUGUCGCCGCGGCUGCCAAGGGCAAGAAGCGUCCGGUGGCGCAAGCCAAGAGCAUUGUGCCGAAGCUCCAGACCGACAGCACCGCCCUCGUGAAGGAGGCUGUGCGCACGAUCCCUCCCUACAUGUGGUACACCGCUCUGCCGCAGCUCACAUCCCGUGUGGGACACCCGAAUGAGGAUGUUCUGAGGGUGAUCAUAGACGCGCUGGCAAUGCUCCUCAGGGCGCAUCCCAAGCAGGCCUUGUGGCACCUGUCCAGCCUGUGUUUGUCCAUCAGCGAAACCCGUCGACAGGUCGGCAACCGGGUGUUCGAGCAGGCGAGGCGUCUCCUAGAUGCGGAGGGAAAGCAGGGGGAAGCCGUUGCUAUUCAGGAUGGCCAAGCGCUGUUCUCCGAGCUGAUCACCGUGGCGGAGGAGCAGCCACCAAAGAACCUAAAGGAGGCCCACUUCAAGAUCGGACACCGGAUGGACCUUCACCGCUUCAUCGUACCAGUGCAGGCGGCGCUUACCGUAAGCCUUCCCCAAGCACCCCGCAAGGAUGCUACCGCCACAGCCGCUGCAUGGGGCGGCGGGGGGAGAAAGGGCAGGGCUGCUGCUGCGGCCGACGCCGCCGCCACCGCUGCUGCGGAGGCCGCGGAAGAGGUGCCGUGUUCGCAGGCGGAGGUGUUGGCGGCGGCGGCGGUUGCUGCGCACAACCCUUUCCCGGGGGGAGAGAUGCACAUCAAGUGCUUCCACACCCGUGUGAAGUACAUGACUUCGAAAGCCAAGCCCAAGAAGGUGUCCCUCAAGACCCUCGAGACGGGCGAGCAGGUGCACUUCCUCUGCAAGCAGGAGCGAAACGGAGAUCUCAGGAAGGAUGCGAGGCUCAUGGAGUUCAACGGCAUGAUCAACCGUCUCUUGCAGAAGAAUCCAGCGGGGCGUACGAGGAAGCUCCGGCUCCGAACUUACGCGGUCAUCUGCCUCAACGAAGAGUGUGGCGUGUUGGAGUGGGUUGAGGACACGACUGGCUUCCGCAUCCUGGUUCACAAAGCCUACCAGAUCAAAGCCCGGAGCUCGACAAGCCCCGCUGCAAAGCCACCCCAAAUAGUCCAGGUGAGGACUACCCUCGACAGGGUUCAGCUCAAGGCCGCACAACCGUCGGGGAUGCCGACUGCAUUGCAGAUGUACCGCCAAAACAUCCUGGAUGUCCAGCAGCCGUGCUUCCAGCUGUGGUUUGUCGACCACUUCGCGGAGCCCACCGCCUGGUUUGAGGCGAGGACCACUUUCGCGAGGUCGGCUGCUGUUUGGUCAAGCGUGGGGCACGUGGUCGGGCUGGGGGAUCGGCAUGGCGAGAAUAUUCUCAUCCACACCGAGAGCGGCGAAUGCGUCCACGUGGACUUCGACUGCCUCUUCGACAAGGGUUUGAGCUUGGCCAGACCCGAGAUCGUCCCCUUCCGGCUAACGCCGUCCAUGGUGGACGGGAUGGGCCUAUGCGGCUUCGAGGGCGUGUACCGCCGGGUCAUGGAGACAUCCAUGUCGGUGCUGAGGACCAACCGAGAAACUCUGCUGAGCGUGCUGGAACCCUUCUUGCAGGACCCGACCGUGGGCUGGGGCAGGAGCGGUCGAGCCCAACGGCCGACGACCGGAGACUCGAGCGACGACGACAUGAGCGGCGAUGCCGACGGCGGGGGGGCCGGGGCGGACCUCGGGCGAGAGCGCGAAAACGAAGACGCGGACAGAAUCCUCCGCGUGAUCAACGAGCGGCUGCAGGGGCGGUACAACCUGGCCGUGCCACGCCCGGCCGGCCUCGGAGCUACAGACGCUGGCAACGAUCUCCCUCUUUCGGUGCAAGGACAGGUGCAGCGGCUGAUCACGGAGGCGACGUCCCAGGAGAACCUCUGCCAAAUGUACAUCGGAUGGAUGCCUUGGAUGUAG